GAGUAACAAGUGAUAUCUACGAAGAUCUAUCCUUCUUAUUUCCUCUUCUUUCCAAACUGGUCGUUUGCAAGGGGAUCCCUUUGAUGAUCUUGAUGUAUGUCUUAUGUUUGAUGGUGCUUGGUUCGCAGUGGACAACUGUGCUAGUAUUAGUUGGUGGCUUCGGGAGGCAUCUUCGGAUAUAGUGUUGGGUGGGUGUGCAAGAGCUUGUCAGACUUCCUCUGCUCUCCAAGCGGAAUUGCAGGUCUGUUUGGGAGGUCUUCAUAUGGCCUUUCGGAUAGGUGUUCGCCACCUCCUUAUUUACACUAAUUGUGUUGUUCUUGUCACCGUUGUUUGUUAUUAACGCUUUGUAGAUAUUGCCUAUGUUUGGUUACUCCAAGACAUUAGCUUUGCUCUUUUGAAGUUCUCAGCGUGUCAGAUUUGCAAAGUUCCUCGUCAAUGGGUUUCUCCUACUCAUUGGUUGGCUGUGAAGGUGCUACAACGACCGUUUCUUUUUUUAUCCUUAUAGUUUGGCUCUGUUUUUCUUUGGUGUAAUUGUUUUUUUUUAUUAGAACUUCUUGUCCCCAAAAAAAGAAAAAGAAAAAAAAGGUGAUAUCUUAAACAAAUUCAUCAAAUUUACUUGUUUCUCUUCUCAAUCUACUCGUACAUCGUAUGGGGUAUUUUAGACUAAUUUUUUUUUUAAAAAAAAAAAACAAAGGUAAUACCACUCAAUAACUUAAAAAAAAAAAAACUGGACAAUUUUGCCUGCUCCAUAAUUUGUAGCAGUAAUAUCUUAGAAUAAAAUUGAAUGAAAUCCGGCACAUAAAUACAUAAUGAGCAAAAGAGAGCAAGCGACAGAGAUGAGUAAAGCAGCAGCAGCAAAUGAAUAUCAUUCCAAAGACUUCGAAUGGGAGGAACUCAGACUUGAAGUUGAGAAUCACCCUUCUCUCUCAUACCAUCUCUCUCCUUUCCAACCCUCUCUUUCUCCGUCUUCUCAGGAUCCUCAAGCAUGGUCCCACUUUCACUCUCGUCACUCCACUGGCAAGUUCUUCAAGGAAAGAAGGUAUUUGCUGAAGGAAUUCCCCGAAUUACUUUCUUGUGAAGACUACUCCAAAGUUCUGGAGGUGGGAUGUGGUAAUGGUAGUACAAUUCUCCCAAUACUGCGAGUAAAGGAGAGGACCAGUGUUUAUGCUUGUGAUUGUAGUGUUGAGGCACUUGAGAGAGCUAAGCAAAACUUAGAAGGUUCUGGUAUUAUUCAUGUGAUGGAGCGUUUCCAUCCUUUCUGCUGUGAUUUCUCUACAACUCCGUUUCCAAAUUGGUUGGCUUGUGAUUCAUGUCGGAAUAAGCAAUUAGAAAAGUUGGUACAUUGUGAUUCUGAAAUCAAUGACAAUGAAAGAACACUAACUGAUCUGGCUUCUGCGCAAAAUAGUAGGUGUUGCCUUGGUGGAGUGGACUUUGUCACAUUGAUUUUUGCAUUAUCUGCCAUUCCACCUGAGAGGAUGGCAACAGCAAUCAUGGAAUGCUUUUCUGUCUUAAAGCCAGGUGGCCUGCUCUUUUUCAGGGAUUACGGACUUUAUGACAUGACCAUGCUUAGGUUUGAGCCAGAUAAAAGAGUGGGUUUUAGGCAUUACAUGCGUUCAGACGGAACGCUCUCUUAUUUCUUUGAUCUGGAUGGUGUGAGGAAUCUUUUUGUUGGUGUUGGCUUCAAUGAGCUUGAGCUAGAAUAUUGUUGUGUGAAGUCGGUCAAUCGACAAAAAGGAAAGAGCAUGAGAAGAGUUUGGGUUCAUGGGAAAUUCCAAAAGCCAUUGUGAUUCUGCAACUGAAAGUUCCAUCCAAAGGUACCAAAAACAGGAGUGAAUUCCCUGCUAUGGAGUCCGACUUAGUUCUGUCCGGCUGUUGAUUUCCUUGAAAAGGGAACUUGGGAACUAGAAAAUGAUGAUAAUGAUAUUACAUUACCAAUUCUAAACACUUAGCUGUUGCUCUUACAACAGAAUUUGGUUUUGCAAUGAUCCUUACGAUAUAAGUUGACAAUGUAAUGCUGUUGUUCAACUGGUUUUCCUUGUAAUUCCUAGCGAGAUUCAUCUCUACAUUUUCAUUUCAUGCAAUUUGAUAGUGUUAUCUAUCCCUUAGUCCCAGUGAGCCUUGUUCUCAUGUCCAUUAGAUGCGUGUCCUGGGAAGUUUUGCUCUGAAACUUG